AUGGGAUUGUGUAACGGUACGCGUUUGCAAAUUGUAGGCCUAAAGCGAAACUUUUUACACGCUAAAAUUCUGACAGGCACGCGGAGAGACGAAGACGUCCUGCUUCCACGGAUCUUCUGUGACAGCAACGAUAAGGGUCACCCGUUCCAGAUCCGCCGUAAACAGUUUCCGGUGCAAGUGUGCUUUGCGAUGACCAUCAACAAGUCGCAAGGGCAAUCGCUUCACCAUUUGGGCCUAUAUCUGCCGCAAGAUGUUUUCGCCCAUGGCCAGCUAUACGUUGCACUCUCGCGGGUGACAUCACGAGCGAACAUUGCUGUGCUGAUACCGAACCCGAAACGCGCUGACGAGGAAGGUGUCUCCACAAGCAACAUCGUCUACCGAGAGGUCGUUGACAGAUGA